CUCUCCCUCAGCUUGUGAUCGCAUCCUUGGUAGGGGCAUCAAAAGCAUCCAGGAGUGACUGAGCUCACAGUUCCAGCGGAAGGAGAGCAUCACGGACCUCAGAGGCUGCUCUCUCUCCUAGUGCUUGGGGUGGGUUUUGGAGGGUGGGCAGGUGAAAAGCGCCGUAGAAUCCAGUGAAAAAUAUUUGGCUGUUCUCCCCGAUCCCUCUUUUUGCCUUCCUCUCAGUCUGGGACAAAAUGCGAACACCUAAAAUGUUUCCUUCAGCGGUGCUGCCACCUCUGCUGUUAGUAUUGCUGGUUUCAAUCCCUUGCUCGCUGGGCUUGGACCCUUUUGGCUUCCACUCCGCCAGUUCCCCCGCGACGGAACAGCCCCAACCCCAACAGCAGCAGCCCCGACAGCAGCGGCAGACCCAGCAGCAGCGCGAGCCACUUAGCUAUUCCCGACUCCAGAGGAAGAGCCUAGCUGUGGACUUCAUUGUGCCCUCGCUAUUCAGGAUCUAUGCCCGGGACCUGCUACUGUUGCUUCCAUCGGCACCAGGAGACAGCCUACCCGAGGCGCGUAGUUCUCUGGCACUGGACUGCUCACCCUUGCUGCUGCUGCUUCUGAGGCGUCCGGGUGUACCCAGGACUGCUGUUCUACCCCCGCUACCACCUGGAGGACGAGUGCUGUCCAAGGUCCUGAAGGGUGGUUCUGUGAGGAAGCUCCGCAGGGCCAAGCAGCUGGUGCUGGAAGUUGGCGAGGAGGCAAUCUUAGAGGGCUGCACAGGGUCCGCCACCAGUCCUCCGGAGCAGGCGGCUGUGGCCACGGCAGGAAUGUUAGAGUUUAACCUCACCGAAAUGUUCAGUUGGUGGGUUCGCCACGGCGAAGGACGGCUGAGAAUCCGUUUGAUGCCAGAGAAGAAGGACUCUUUGCCAGGCAGAGAAAUAAGACUGUCUGCAGCAAUCAGAGCCUCCCAGCCUCGUCUAUUUUUCCAAAUCAUAAGGAAGGGUGAGCUCUCCCUGGAAUCUUCUAUAAACAUCCCUCCUCUCACUCCAGAGCCCUUUAUCUGGAACCUAACAUGGAUCAUGAAAGAUUCUCCUCCUUUCUUCUCUCAACGUAGUCGAUAUGGCUUCGAGUGCAAGUUUGAUUUCCCCUGUGAACUAGAGUAUUCACCACCUCUGCAGGAAGAUAGAAAUCACCACUGGUCUUGGCGUCUCAUCAGUUCUGAGGAGGCUUCCCAGAUGAACCUGUUCAGCGGUGGUCCUGCAGUGACUCCUUCCGAGGAGAUACCCAGAGGUUCUUUCCUUCUCCUCAAUACAUCUGAAAAUACCAAACAUACCAUUCUGAGUCCUUGGAUGAGGAGCAACAGUGAGCACUGCACAAUGGAAGUGUCAGUGUACAGGGACCUCCAAACCUCUGGGAGAUACAUGGCCCAACUCCUCCCCCACAAUGAAGCUAGGAGAGAGAUCCUGCUGGUUCCAAAUCCAGAGAUACCUGGCUGGACAGUGCUCCAUGGGAGAAUUGGGCACCUGCAGAGUCCUUUCCGGGUCUCCCUAGAAUACAUAUCAAAUGCCAACGGGAGCCUAUCUGUGGUGGAAUCUCUGUCUCUGAAGAACUGCAGUGAAGGGAUGCCGCCUAUCUCCAAAAUGGCCUUGAAGAGCUCCUUCACCUGCUGGAAUGGAACAGCCAUCCACCUGGGGCAGGCUUGCAACUUUCAGAGAGACUGCUCAGAGGGCGAGGAUGAGGGAGAACUGUGCAAAAAGCUCCCAGAUGGAUUUUAUUGUGACUUUGAAGAUGGAGACUGUGGAUGGAUUCAGAGCAUGGCCAUGCCUCAUGUGCCCCAGUGGCAGGUUGGGGUCUUGGAGAAUGCCCCUUUUCCAAAUUACCAAGGCUACACAAUGCUGUUUAACACUAGCAAGGCUAGCCCAGCAGAAACUGUGAUCCUGACCAGCAACAUGUUUCCUGCACCAAUGAAGAACUCUCCUUGUGAGCUCCAGUUCUCAUGGCUCAUCCAUGGAGUCUUGGAAGGAAACAUUUCUUUGAUGGUGAUGGAGAACAAAACUGGGAAGGAACAAAGCCAGACCAUCUGGUACUUUGCCAACAGCGAAGGUUUGGGCAUUUGGCAUCGGAUGGUCUUACCUCUUCCUGAUGUUUCAGACAAAUUUUGGCUCCAGAUUGUCACAGGGUGGGAGGAAGGCUCAGAAGCCUUCAUUGCUUUUGACAACAUCUCCCUCAGUCUGGACUGUUACCUUACAAUCGAUGGAGAAGAGAAAAUAUCAAGGGAUGAAGCUCCCAAUUCAAGCAACCUCUUUGAGAAUAUCUAUAAAAAGUCACUACAAGAUCCAAGAUCCCAAGAGAGUGCACAUGGGGAGAACUUCAACUUUGAUCCAACAGUUCACUGGCUGUUCACCACGUGUGGAGCCAGCGGGCCCCAGGGCCCUACGCAGACCCAGUGCAACAACGCCUACAGGAAUUCCAACCUGAGCGUGGUCGUGGGCAGCGAGGGCGCCCUGAAGGGCGUGCAGAUCUGGAGAGUGCCGGCCACCGACACAUACAGCAUCUCAGGCUAUGGAGCAGCUGGAGGUAAAGGAGGAAAGAACACUAUGAUGAGAUCCCAUGGUGUAUCGGUUCUAGGAGUCUUUGAUCUGGAGAAGGAUGACUUCUUAUACAUCUUGGUGGGACAGCAAGGGGAAGAUGCCUGUCCCAGUACUAAUGAAAUUAUCCAGAAGGUUUGCAUUGGAGAGAACAAUGUGAUAGAAGAAGAAAUCCGAGCCAAUCAAAGUGUGAAUGAGUGGGCUGGCGGUGGAGGAGGUGGGGGUGGAGCGACCUACAUUUUUAAGAUGAAGAAUGGAAUACCAGUGCCUCUGAUCAUUGCAGCUGGAGGUGGUGGGAGAGCCUAUGGAGCCAAAACCGAUAAAUUCCAUCCAGAAAGACUGGAAAAUAACUCCUCUGUUCUAGGUCUGAAUGGCAUUUCUGGAGCCGCAGGUGGUGGAGGUGGUUGGAAUGAUAACACUUCCUUGCUUUGGUCGGGAAAAUCUUUGCUGGAAGGUGCCACAGGAGGACAUUCCUGCCCCCAGGCCAUGAAGAAGUGGGGGUGGGAGACAAGAGGGGGUUUCGGAGGGGGUGGAGGGGGGUGCUCCUCAGGUGGAGGAGGCGGAGGAUACAUAGGGGGUAAUGCAGCUGUGAACAAUGACCCCGAAAUGGAUGGGGAGGAUGGGGUCUCCUUCAUCAGUCCAAUGGGCAUCCUGUACACCCCGGCUCUGAAAGUGAUGGAGGGCCAUGGGGAGGUGAACAUCAAGCUUUACUUGAACUGCAGCCACUGUGAGGUGGAUGAGUGCCACAUUGAUCCAGAGAGCCACAGAGUUAUCUGUUUCUGCGACCAUGGCACAAUACUGGCCGAAGACGGGGUCUCCUGCAUAGUGCCUCCCACCUCGGAACCCCACUUGCCUCUCUCCCUGAUACUGUCUGUCGUGACCUCGGCCCUAGUGGCUGCGCUGGUGCUGGCGUUCUCGGGCAUCAUGAUUGUGUACCGCAGGAAGCAUCAGGAGCUCCAGGCAAUGCAGAUGGAACUGCAGAGCCCCGAGUACAAGCUGAGCAAACUGAGAACCUCCACCAUCAUGACCGACUACAACCCCAACUACUGCUUUGCCGGCAAAACCACAUCCAUCAGCGACCUCAAGGAGGUGCCUCGGAAAAACAUCUCCCUCAUUCGGGGUCUGGGCCAUGGUGCCUUUGGGGAAGUGUAUGAAGGCCAAGUAUCUGGAAUCCCCAGUGACCCCAGCCCACUACAGGUGGCAGUUAAGACCCUUCCAGAAGUGUGUUCAGAACAGGACGAGCUGGAUUUCCUCAUGGAAGCAUUGAUCAUUAGCAAAUUCAACCACCAGAACAUUGUUCGCUGUAUUGGGGUGAGCCUGCAGGCCCUGCCCCGAUUUAUCCUCCUAGAACUGAUGGCUGGAGGAGACCUCAAAUCCUUUCUUCGGGAGACUCGCCCUCGCCCAAACCAGCCCUCCUCCCUGGCCAUGCUGGACUUGCUGCAUGUGGCUCGUGACAUUGCCUGUGGCUGUCAGUAUUUGGAAGAAAACCACUUCAUUCACCGGGAUAUUGCUGCUAGGAACUGUCUCUUGACCUGUCCUGGACCAGGCAGAGUGGCCAAGAUUGGAGACUUUGGAAUGGCUAGGGACAUCUACCGUGCAAGCUACUACAGGAAGGGAGGAUGUGCCAUGCUUCCAGUUAAGUGGAUGCCCCCAGAGGCCUUCAUGGAAGGGAUAUUUACAUCCAAAACGGAUACCUGGUCCUUUGGUGUGCUUCUUUGGGAGAUAUUCUCUCUUGGAUAUAUGCCAUACCCAAGCAAAAGCAAUCAGGAGGUCCUGGAGUUUGUCACCAGUGGAGGACGGAUGGAUCCACCCAAAAAUUGCCCGGGGCCUGUGUACCGGAUCAUGACUCAGUGCUGGCAGCACCUGCCUGAGGACCGGCCCAACUUUGGCACCAUCUUAGAGAGAAUUGAGUACUGUACCCAGGAUCCAGAUGUGGUUAAUACUGCUUUGCCAAUAGAAUACGGUCCAGUGGCUGAAGAGGAAGAGAAGGUGCCCAUGAGGCCAGAAGACCCAGACAGAAUACCGCCUCUCUUAGUCUCUCCACAGCAAGAGAAAAAGGAGGAUGUGUGUCCAUCACCCAGCCCCCCUCCACUGCCCACCACUUCCUCUGGCAAGCCCUUGAAGAAAGCCCUGGCUCUGGAGCCCCCAGUCCGUGUCACCAGAGGGACGCCUGGAGGAGGAGGAGGAGGAGGAGGAGGAGGAGGAGGAGGAGGACAUGUCAACAUGGCAUAUUCUCAGUCCAAUCCACCCACAGAGCUGCACAAAGGGCGUGGAUCAAGAAACAAACCAACCAGUCUUUGGAAUCCCACUUAUGGUUCUUGGUUUACAGAGAAAUCUGCAACCAAAACCAAUCCGCUGACCGAGGAGCAGCAGCCCGAGAGAGGGAAAUCUGGGCCAGAUGGACGCUCUACCACCAGCCCACCCAGCGUCGUUGCUGGCAGGCUGCCAGGGUCCUCCCUGCUCCUGGAACCGUCAUCCCUGACUGCCACCAUGACGGAAGUGCCUCUCUUUAGGCUCCGCCACUUCCCUUGUGGGAAUGUCCACUAUGGCUAUCAGCAGCAAGGCUUACCGUUGGAGGCCACCCCGGCAGCUGGCAGUUACGGGGACUCCCUUCUUAGAAACCCGAGUAGCGUGACCCAGCCUGGUCCCUGAGCCUGUUCUGCACUCGCUUCUCCCCCUCGGGAUUCUGGAGCCCACGGAGGAGAGAGUUCCACACGACAGCUCCACCACCAAGCAGAGACCAAAACAUUGCCUUUCAUUUUGUGCCAACCUGCUCUAAAGUGCCACACACAGAGAGACUGAAUUCUCACAAUGCACCAGAAAGGAUGUGAGCAUGGGUUCCUCCUACUCUUUCAAAAGAAUAAUGUCAUUUAAAAAAACAAGUGUUAAAUGCAAGGCCCCAAGUCGGUCGCAUAAGCUCCCAUGCAUGCAUGGUCAAUGUACUCCUCCUUAUGCUUCUUGUCGUAGCUUCUUGUCACACACAACUUGCUGCCUGCGUGUUCCAUAGCUUGGCGUCACAGGUGUCAUGUACUUACCAGUCAAUGUGGACAUAAACCAUUUGAAUGUGGGGGGAGGUGGGAGAAAGUUAUUUAUCUAUUGUUAUUUAGUAUAAUGAAGGCCAUCCUUCAUUUGGAAAAAGAAAAACAUCUUCAGCUGUGGGGGUUCUUCUGAGGAAAGUUAAAGGGAUGGGGAUAGGCCCAAGAGGAACAGACAGUUACAAGCUGUAUAUUUUCACCUAAAUGGAAUACAGAUGUACAGAAGAGGAAUAUGAAAAGACACCAGCAAGAGGGCCAGAGACUGAAAUAUCCCUUUACUGUACCUCUCGCCUUAAGAAUAUCUUCCUAAAAGAUGAAAACUCUGAGGUUUCCCAUUGGACUUUAAAACCUAAACUGUCUACUUACAAUUAACAAAAAGUUUCCAUUAACAAAAAGUCUUGUCAAAGUUGAAUGAAGACCAAAAAUGAUGGGCAAAACUGCAGCCAUAGCCACGCAUUUCCAAAGCAUAGAAACAUGGCCAUUUGGGGCCAAAUAUGUCAAUAAGUGAUAUACCAAAUCCUAGCAAUGAUUUCAGCCACACAGCCUACUAAAGAGAAAUGCCUCAACUCAUAGCCAUACCCUGGCUUGCAGGAGCAAUAGGAAACCCAAAAGAAGAAAUAUUGAAGUAGAUAUCUUCUUCCCAAGUAUGGCUUGUUUUGUUUUGACUCCUUUGUUCUCUAUUAGCUGAUCAUGAUGUGAGUAGAACACUUUUGAAAUAUGCACAACAUAUUUUCUGGAUAUUUUUCAAGCAGAAGGAAAAGUGGUUUUGCAAUUUUCUUUGGUGUUAAAAGGCCUAAGGAAUUGGGAAAUAUUUGAGGAGUUGAUCAUAUCAGUGCACCAUGGUUUCCUCAACUUCCAUAGAUGGACAUGACAGUGGUAUAAGUGACAGUUUGGAAGUUCUGCAAACUCAUCAACCUCUAUUUUAAAGAAAUGAUAGUUUACUUUCAAUUUUUCAAGGUGUCCCUCUAGUCUUCCCUUUACUUCUACAUCUUAUUUCUCUCACCCUUCUCAUUAUCAAUUCCUUUUCCUAGUCAUCAAUGUGCUUCAAUAUCAUUUUGGCCUCCUUUGGGGCAAAAUUUUUCAGUAGUUGCUGAGUAUCAUAAUGUUCCCAAGCAAAAUGUCAAUGCUUUCUCUUCUCUUUCUGGUUCUAUAUCUACUUUCUGUCCAGCUUAACUAGGGUUAGAGUAAUAUUUUAAUGGAAAGGUGCUUGGAGUCAAUGCUAACCAGCUGGAAAACUUCAUUUCUCCUGAUCUGGGAUAUUAAUCACCUGCAAAAUAUUAAUCUGAUCCAGGUUCUCUAGCUGCUUUGUUCUACAGAAACAGUUCUUAAGACUGUGGCAAGACAAAAUACCCUGGACACCUUUCCUCUUUCCCUACCACUUACCUACAAGUGAGGGAGAAACAAUACCAUUAUAAUUAUAGCAUAGAGAUGAAAAAACCAGCAAAGUCUAUUUUAGUAAACUUAGUAAAUCCACAUUAGACUCUCAAGUGAACAGUCUACAAACCACCUUGAGGGCUCUCAUAACCACACUAAAGAUAGACUGGAAUGGAGGCUAUGGCCAAGCCCAACACUGGCUAUGAGCAAAGGUUUCCAUUUAAGAGCAUCCAAGACUAGCUAAUUAAGCAGAAACAAUGCAUUUCAAGCUGAUGCACUCAAGGACUUAAGCCCAGAACUUAGCCCCUUUAAAAGCCUAUUGAUCCACAUAGGUUCAGAAGAAUUCUCAUUUGCUGAACUACUACAGCUUCCAGUUCAAUGCCCAGUCCAAAUGAUUUCAAGAAGCUUCAUAUGGCUUUUGGGUGCUCCCCAAGAGAGCCGGCUUUACCCAUUAGUCUCAGCUUACUUUGAUUGAUGUCUACCCACCCCUAGUUAAGAGCCCUUUAAAUUAAAACUGCAUCCAUUAAAGCUAUAA